AUGCCAGGGCUCAGACCAACACAGCAAGAUAUCGAUCAGUUCGUUGCCAUCACUCAAGCAAGUCCUGAAGACGCUGUUCACUUCCUAGAAUCUGGUACUACUUUAGAGGGAGCGAUAGAAGAUUUCUUUGCCGCUCAAACAGCUUCAGAACCUCUUAACCCACAUCAGCAAGACGAAGAAGACGCCGAACUGGCUUUAGGUUCACCCAGUAUGUCCGACGAUAAUUCCAACAACGCCCCUGCUCCCACUGGUGGACCAAGAACGCUGGGCGGCGCAGCUGCAUCUGAACCAUUACCUGCAGGAUGGGGUCAGCCUGAAAGGUCAAGGUUCGGGAGGAUCGGGGAGAGUAGGGACGAGGAGGAGGAACCUAGAGGUGGAGAUGAUCCCGAAGAGUUGUAUGCGGGUGGAGGCAGAAGUGGCUUAGCCGUUCAAAAUCCUGAUGAUCAAAGAGGGAGUGGUAACUCUCUGGUAGAUAAUAUCCUUCGUAUGGCUAGCCAAAAUGGUCCCAGAUCUCCUCCAGCUGGCGGAGCACCCAAACCCCCUUCAGCAUUUAGAGGUUCAGGUCACACUCUCGGUUCAGACGAGGCCCCUUCAACCGAAGUUCCAGCGACCGGUUCGGCUCCCUCUGGUUCUACACCUGUGCCAUCUAUCCCUGGCGUUGCGGGAGUAACUCCCUCUAUGAUGGAUAAUCUUCUCGCCGGUAUGUUCGGUAGAGGUGCAGGCGCUGGAGGUAACGGUCCACCCACCUCGGUAGAAGAUGAAGAGGAUGACGACGACGAUGAUGAUGAGAACGUCCAAACUCGACGAUUGACAUUUUGGAGAAAUGGGUUUUCGAUCGAAGAUGGACCUUUACUCUCAUACGAUGAUCCUCAAAACCAAGCUUUACUUCAAGCUAUCGAAUCUGGACGAGCACCACCCAGCGUAUUUGGAGUAAAGUUCAAUCAGAGAUUGAAUGUGGAAGUCGCACAAAGGAGAAGGGAAGAGUAUCAACCUCCACCUAAGAAACCUAUGAAAGCUUUCGGUGGAUCUGGAAACAGAUUAGGUUCGCCUGCUCCCGAAGUAGCAACUGCUUCAUCAUCUAGCAUGCCUGGUGGUUUACCUCAGGGUAUCUUAGCUGGUGGUUCUGGUACAUCGACUCCAGGUGCUUCCAACACGACUAGCAGCGCAGCGCCCACUAGUCAAAAUAAGUUUGAAGUGGAUGAAAGUAAACCUACUACUAGUAUACAGCUUCGAUUGGGUGACGGAACAAGGAUGGUUGCGAAAGUCAACCUUACUCACACAGUUGGUGAUCUCCGAAAUUACGUUUCAGCUGCUAGACCGGAUAGUCGAAGCUAUGUCCUCCAAACGACAUUCCCCAGUAAAGAAUUAUCUGAUCCAAGUGAAACCAUCGAAGCUGCCAAAUUGCAAAAUGCGGUUGUCGUACAAAGAUUCACAUAA